AUGGAGGAUCGAGAAUUACGUCGCGUGUUUCAAGGGGUGUUUCCCGCCGACCAGUUACCGCGUCAUCCCUCCCACACCACUCAUGCAGCUUACAUCGUCAAUACGGACCCUGCAGGGGAACCCGGACAGCAUUGGUUAGCCCUCUGGACAGAGAAGAACGAGUGUGAAGUCUUUGACAGUUAUGGAUUGCCCUUGCACGUGUACACAAACCCUGACUUACACGCUUGGUGGGCUCAAUGGAAAUACUUGACCAGAAGUGACCAGACGAUACAAGCCCUUGACAGUCAAACCUGUGGUCAUUAUGUUCUGAUGUUUCUCAAAGCCAAAGCGCGAGGAUGUACGUUUCAAGAAUUUCUGUCACGAUGGAAUAGUUAUAAUCUAGUGAUAAAUGAUAGGAGAGUGGCUCAAGAUUUAAAACGUUUGAUUAAAGAAGAACUUUACGAUACACUUAAUGGUUCACCCAGUAGGGGUCAAAGCAGUGUGAGUCGAUGUGCUUUUUGUGCCAUUCAGCGUGUUGAAUGAAUAAAAGAAACGCAUGUGUGAAAUUUGUGUAGUUGUAUCAUGCUUACGCGGGGUGAGCAUCAAAGGGUGGUGGACGCAUUGGCGUUGCACAAGGUGUCUGUGUAUAUCCAAUACGGUGAUCAAUCCCUUGACAUGUCAUGCCCAUGGAAUGAAUCGGAUUGGCAACAAAUUCUCAUGUUUGCCAGAUCCCACCGCUGGAGGCAACUGAAAUGGUAUUUGUUCUUGCAUUGUGAACCCUUCUUAAGGGAGGUCUUGGAAAAAUUGAUUCAGUCAGUCUCACCCCGUCUGUAUCAAGAGGUGUUUUGUCAUGAUCACACGAAGUGAUCAUCAACGAGUCUUUGAAGCGUUCGUCAUGGAAGAAUGUUUGUAUUUCUUACAACAUCCCCUCGAAAUGUUUUUCCAAGUACCAUGGGAUGGGGUGCACUGGCAUCACGUAGUCGAAUUAGCUCGACAAACUCGAUGGUCUGAUCUGAAACAGUAUAUGGACACAAUGGGUGUAACCUAUUUAAGGGAAGAGAUGGAAUUGGUAAUCGAGACAGUAUCCCCUCGCUUGUAUCGAGAAUAUUGGUCAGUAUGCCCAAACAAAAACGUCGUCGUAGAAGGUUAAGGCGUCCUUUUCGAGGGGGUGGACUGUUAACGGUCUUGUCAAAAGCCGCCAAAAUCGGAUAUCAACUGGGUAAAAGCAAACGGUACAAACGCAUGGGUGCGAAAGGGGUCACGGGUCAUUACAGGCGACUUCGCGCACCUUGGGAGGUUUGAGAAACAAGGUAUAAAAGACAACAAACACACUUGACAGAAGAGAUGAUUCGUCAACCAGCCACCGCAAUUGUGGCCGGACCUUCGGGCAGUGGAAAAAGUGACUUAGUGGAACAAUUGUUACGAGAGAAGAAACUCUUUUCACCCCCUCCCAAAAAGAUGGUGUAUUGUUAUGAUCGUUGGCAACCAAGGUUUGAGAGAAUGCAACAGCAGGACAAGAUUCGUUUUCAUCGUGGAGUACCGGAGGAAGGUGCAUUGAUCAAAUGGUUUAAACCUCAAGACCAUGGGAUAUUGGUGUUGGAUGAUUUAAUGGAGGAAGGUGGAAGUGAUAAACGCGUGUUGGAUUUAUUUACAAAAGAUUCUCAUCAUCGGGGAGUAACCGUGUUGUAUCUUUCCCAAGAUUUAUUUCCACCGGGUAAAUUUUCCAAAACCAUUAAUCGAAAUGCUCAUUACUUGGUGGCCUUCAAGAACCCCCGUGAUCAAACCGGCAUUCGUACAGUGUUAUUACAAGCCUUUCCAGAACGAUGGCGCACCGUCUUAAGUCUCUUUCGACGAUUGACUACACGUCCCUUUGGCUAUUUAUUGUUGGAUCUCCAUCCUGCCUCGGAUGAUCGCUACAGAUUGUGAAGUCAUUUGACCAAACGAGAAGGGCGACCACAGAUGCAUACUUUUAGAGAGGACAAAUUAUUGACGAGAGUAGGAAAACCCUAUAAAUAAACGCGUACACCUACCUUGAAUCAUUGCGUUCAUCAUGGGCAGAAGAACCAAAGGCAAACGUAAACAAAGAGGGAUUAGACGCCGUCGUCCACCUGGUGUGGGGUUUCAAAAAGGUGGUAUUGUUCCCUUACUCGCCCUUGCUUUACCAGCUCUAGCCGCAGCAGGGAAAGCAGCUGCUCUCAGGAGUUUAGGGGGGUGCUGCCAGUUAUGGUGUCAAGAAAGGAUUGGAAGCAGCCACUCGUAGACGCCGCCGGUAACUAUAAAGACCGUAUCAUGACACGAAAAGAUGACAGAGAGGAUGGAGGGACGUAUGAGUCGACAAGCUCCGUUUUUAAAAAAGUGUACUCAACGAAGCCAAUGCUCACAAACGUCAACAGCGAUUACGGUAUGCGAAUAUUGAUCAAAUCAAUGCAGUGAGUGAAUUAGUCCUGAAUACUUUACGUGGUGUUGUACCUCAAGGAAAGUUCACCUUGAAGAGAAUGAGACCUCAUGCAUCCGCGUUACGAUUCAUUGCCAAUCCUAGAAAUUCGGCGAAACGUCGACGACACACCAUGAUUCAUCAAUUAGGAGCCGGCAAUCUAGUAUGGAAAGAAUUACAUCGAUGCUAUGAGUGUAGCCAGCGCCUAUAUAAAUAGCGUGUGUUUUCUAACCGACAUGCUAAACCAAGAUGAGACCGCAACUCGUGGACAUGUUGGUUCGCUUACUGCAAACGUUACGGGCUAUUCUAGUGACGCUUAAAGAACUGAGAGAGAUAAUGAAACAAAAAGUGACCUGGGCUAAACUCAAAGAGCUAGUAACACGGUUUUUCCGACGAGUAUAAAGCAGACCACACCUACCUAGAGGUCAAUCAGUCAAGAUGGUUGAGGACAUGAAAAGUAUCGCCGUGCAAGACUCAGUUGCGUUUUUACGAUUACGAGACCAUUACAAAAAUGACUUGUUGGAAGACAGUCGUUUAAACAAAGCAGCGGAACUUGCAGCCACACAUCAUCUCUUGUUAACGAGUCCAUCCUCAGAUGCGUGGAAACGACCUCAGUUAAAAGCUGUCGGCAGAGAACUAAGACAGUGGACUAAACGCGUUCGUCAACCAGGUGGAAGUCGUGUGGGAGCGGGUGGAGGAGAUGUUGAGGAAGAGGAUGAGGAUGAAAUGAAUCUAGCCGCAGGACCUAUGCACACCUUGUUGACUAAAUUAUUACCAUCCCGAAAACGUAUAAAACAGACCCCCUCAUCUCCCUAUCCAGUUGUUACUACAACAGCAGGCGUGAAAAGGAAAGCGUCUUCAAGUGGUCCAACGAAACGCACGUCUAAUUUAUCCAAGUCCUCUACUCCUAAAGGACCAGGGGCACCGAAAAAGAAACGAGUCUCCUUAGCCGUCACGCCCAAAGGAAAAAAACACCUAACAAGAAGCGACCGUAUUUUACACCACCGAAAUCCACCCCAGAACUAAUAGGUGGAGAAGAAUUAGCUGAAGAACUUCCUAUCUCAGGGGCUUUGGGUGAGCAACCGUGGAGUACACCCAAGGAAAUUGCCCGCAACGUGUUUAAAUCGUUCCGUCGUAAAUCCAGAAAAGCUGACGUACAGAAAUUGAAACCAGCCGCAGGUUGGAAACCAUUUGGAACCCCCCUACAACGACAACUUUAUGGCAAGGACUACUCGUAAACGCAAGACCUCUAGUAAAAGGCGACGUCGUCAAUGGGGAGGAAAGUUGGAUGUUCAGAAAUUGUUGAGCAAGACUGGGAUCGAGUUCCACAUCACAUCAUAUCAGUACGCAGGGCCUGGGACCCAGUUGACCAAACGUUUAGCAAGAGGGGAUCCUGGGAUAAAUCGAUUAGACAAAAUUGCUAAACAGCACGAUAUCGCUUACAGUAAAGCCAAGAAUUUGCAAGAUAAAUGGAAAGCUGAUGACGUCAUGAUCCGUGCCAUUGAUCGAUUGCCAGGCAAGAAAAAAUUGACUGAAAAAAUGGUGAAAAAAAUCAUGGAAGCCAAGAGACGUGUUAAGUUAUAA